AUGGAGAUUAUGCUUAUGAAUGGCAAGUUUUACGCGAAAUAUGGCAAGAUCGAGAAGAAAAAGAUAUUGGACGCAAUUUUCUACAAGAUUCAUGACACGUUUCCCACGGGUGCAUGGAAAUACAACGAAGCAGAACCAUCUCAUGUUGAUGCACAAAGCAUUCGAGAGCUAUUUGUGACAGAGAAGAGAGAUGAAACAAAUCCUGUUGUCGUGUACUUAACAAACGACGAAGAGACGGCAAUGUGUGGCUUUAUCACGGAUCAGCUUCUUUUUGAAAACGAACAUUAUAUAACGUCCGAAAUGACAUGGUACUUCGAAUCAACAAAGAGUAUGACAAAUGUAUAUCAAGGAACACGUGUUAGUAUCACGUUAAUUGUAAAAGAAUUCAUACCUUUAAUGCAACAUGCAAUCGAUUUGUGUUUCACUGGGUUUUCAAUUCAGAACCCGUCGAAAAUGUACAUUGGUGCGUGGUAUAUCAAUCCUGCAAUCGACACUGCAAUAAAUAUUGUCGACACAAAUCGAACAGUUUUGUUUGGUAACAGAGUCCUUAAUGAAACAAUCGAAAGGAAUGAUUUGAUUCAGCUCACGGAAAACACGUGGCUUUCCCAGGUAGAAACGACGCUCCUUAAAAAAAGAUGA